CGCGCUGCGUUUCCGGAGGUUUGAGACGCCGAAGCAAAGCAACCAAAGCAAAAACCAGCAGCUUCCUCAUCUCAUCUCCUCUCCUGUCCUCUCCUCCGGUGGCCGCCGCCAUCUCUGACGAGCUCCCGCCUCGCCGAAUCUCCUCGCGAGUGUUCGGGCCUUGCUCCACCCAGCGGGCCGGGUGCUCCGUGUUCCUUCUUGCUCUGCUCCGUCUUGUUGGUGGUGUUGGUUCCGGUUUGGAGGCUCCAAGAUCUGGAGCGCUGGAGCUCGGGAGGUGGAGAGAGCCGCCGCCGAUGAAGGGCAAGGGCGGCGCGCUGGACAGGCGGUCCUCCGCGCGGUGGAGGGUGCUGCUGCUCUGCGCAUUCUGCUUCGGCCUCGGCAUGCUCUUCACGGAUCGUUUUUGGACAGCACCUGAUACCAGUAACCAUAUCAUGUCUCAACGCCGGAGGCAGGAUAGGGAGUUGCAACUCAUAUCAGAGGAUUGCAAUACAAAGAGGAAGCAUGGGGAAGACAAAGAUAUAAUGGGGGAGGUAACCAAGACCCAUGAAGCAAUACAAUUGUUGGAUAAGUCAAUCUCCACGCUGCAGAUGGAGCUUGCAGCUAAGCGUAGCACACUGGAGCUGCUCCGUUCUGGUGGCUCACCAGUAACCUCAGAAAGUAGCCAACCAAGGAAGAAGGCAUUUGUUGUUAUUGGAGUAAACACUGCAUUCAGCAGCCGCAAGCGCCGUGAUUCAGUGCGAGAGACAUGGAUGCCUCAAGGUGCAAAGCUGCAGCAGUUAGAAGAUCAAAAGGGAAUAGUUAUUCGCUUCACUAUAGGCCAUAGUGCUACAUCCAACAGUAUAUUAGACAAAGCUAUAGAUUCAGAGGAUGCCCAGCAUCGUGACUUUCUUAGACUGGACCAUGUUGAAGGGUAUCAUGAACUCUCAGCCAAGACAAAAAUUUUCUUCUCUACAGCUGUUGGCAUUUGGGAUGCUGACUUCUAUGUCAAGGUUGAUGAUGAUGUGCAUGUGAACCUAGGCAUGCUUGCGACUACUCUUGCUCGGCAUAAAUCAAAACCAAGAACUUACAUAGGCUGCAUGAAGUCAGGCCCAGUUCUCGCUGACAAGAAUGUGAAGUACCAUGAACCUGAGUACUGGAAAUUUGGGGAGGAAGGGAACAAAUACUUCCGUCAUGCUACUGGACAGAUAUAUGCAAUCUCAAAAGACCUUGCGACCUACAUUUCAAUCAACCAGCCCAUCUUACACAAAUAUGCGAACGAAGAUGUAUCACUCGGUUCAUGGUUUAUUGGUUUAGAAGUGAAUCAUAUCGAUGAAAGAAACAUGUGCUGCGGGACUCCACCAGAUUGCGAGUGGAAAGGGCAGGCAGGCAACGUUUGCGUCGCGUCUUUCGAUUGGACCUGCAGCGGCAUAUGCAAGUCGGUCGAGAGGAUCAAGGAGGUACAUGCCCGGUGUGGCGAAGGGGAUUCUGCUGUUUGGAGUGCUCUAGUCUAGCGAAGGAAAGGAAAAAAAAAGACCCAGUGCCCCGUAAAUAUGUAGCAUACACGGUAGGCUCGCAUGGUGACUUCUGCACAGGCGACUGAUGAUGAACUCACCAAGCAGAUGGCCACUUAUUUCUGGUGGUCUGGACUGACGACAUGGCAGCACAAGUAGCUUGAGCUGAAGGAUUCUUGCGCAGAGCUUUCAGUAGGUGUGGUGGCUUGCUUUGUGGUCACCUUUGGUGACUUUGGGUGGUGCCAGGAAAAGAGAGGGAGAUAGACCGGAGUGGAUUGUUGGGAGUGUUGCAUUUUUAGAAUUUGGGGGGGGGGGGGGGGG